AAAGAAAUUUGACAUUAGUCAAAUAAAAAAAAUAAAAUAACAAAAAUACCUUGGAAACAUGUUUUUCAUUCAACAUAGCAAUCACCAUAGAAUUUAUUUAUUUUAACAGAAAAAUACAUCAACACUUUUAAUAAAGAAUACAUUAAUCAAUUAAAAAUAUAAACUUUUGCUGCAAUGUCUGAAAUUCGUGAAAAAAUCUGGGAAGACCUCCAAAGCACCGACCGGCGAGUUCGUCUUACCGCCCUGAAAGAUCUAGAAAGUAUUUGCAACACAGUUGUCGAUUUAAGAAAGAUCAUAUCUGUCUUUGAUGAAUGCUAUUUACAUCUGCUCAAUUGCUAUGCUGAUCAAUAUGAAAGUUGCCGCGAACAAUCGACAAUAACAGUGGCAACUUUUAUGAAAAAUCUGCCGGUCAAUGAUUUUUAUUUGCAAAAUGUGAUAGUCUCUAUGGCAGCGCGAAUGGGCAGAGCCGAGACCAUAGAAGAGAGUGAAGAAAUACGAUUUUUACACUUGAAUCAAUUGAGUGCAAUUAUUGACAAGUAUAAGAAAACUGAUUCCAAUGAUUAUUUAAGUCAGUCUUAUGACGAUAUUAUGGAUAUUUUGUACAAGGCUCUGUCUGAUCCUUUUCCGGCAGUGCAAAAGGAAGCUUGUGGAUGCAUUGUCAAGCUUUCCAAAGCUACUUCUGUAUUCCAUCAACGAGCUGAGAGUCUAACCAAACCGUUGUUCACUAUGCUCAAUCAUAAACAUUCACAAAAUCGAAUUGCAGCUAUUGAAGCUUGCUAUGCUAUAGCUUUGCAUAUAAAUUCCAAUUCGGAGACACUUGUAAGAAUCUUUUGUGAGACAUCUCCUCUUUUGAUGGAUUUAAUGCCUCUGGUGAGAAGGGAAUGUGGGAGAAUGGGCUGUCUAAUGUUGACGGAGCUCAAAGAUCGGUAUUCUUUCUUUGAUCGAAUUAUUCCUUUGGUUCUGUGCUGUUUAAAAGAUGAUUCCCCAGAAGUUCGGGAAGAUAUAACUGUUCGAUGGAAAGAAUGUGGUCAAUUGUACUAUGAUGAAAACGAAACUGAACUGAAAAAGCUCGAAAUAGGGGAAAGAUUACCCUCCAACUAUCCAGAAUGGGAAGUGCGUCCAACUAUCGGUUGCCGUGCUUUAGUACAGAGAAGUCUUAGACUCGUCCACACUAUCAUGCGAGAGUCUGGCGAUUGGAAGGAACACGUUCGUGUGCAUGCUCUUCGACUGAUGUAUCAGUUUGUUCUUCAUGCUGAAGCAGCAAUGACUGCGAAAUUCUUCGAAAUUUAUCCUGAUUUGGCCAAGGCAUGUGCUGAUCCUGAAUCAAGUGUUGCUCCUGAGGCAAUGAAAGUUGCAGACCUGAUGGGACGUCUUCUGUCAUAUGCUGACUGGAAAGAGCAUGCUAUCGAGGGUCUUGAAAAGAAUCCCAAACUUGGAUACAUUAGAUGUUUCUUUCAUUUAUUUGCAGCUGCAACGGAUGCCAAUGAAGAGGAUAUUUUAACAGUUUCGAACAUUCUUGUACGGAAGGAGUUCUCUCAAAGUCUUAAUCCCGAAAUUCAAUUGUACAUCCUGGGUUUGGUAGACGAACUCUGGAGGAAGCACACUAUCCGAACGACUGAAGAUGCUAUGAGUAGUUUGAAUCUAAAUCCUGAUAGUACCAUAGAAAGAAGUUUAUACACAGUUACAAUUCGAAUAAUGGCACUGUCUUAUGGAACAGAUAGCAUUGUUGCAAAAUACUUGAAUCGGAAACAAGAAAUUCUGGAAAAGAUCGCUUUAUAUAUCAAUACCGAUGUAUCAGCUUUGCAUGCAAAACAUUUGGCUUGGGUUCUAGAGCAAAUGGACGAUUUGGAUGCCAUGUUAGAUAGUCGCACUGAACCUAUCAUUCUUCUUUGUGGUUUGAUUCAUAUUUGUGGAUAUCGUCCGGCUGCAUUGGAAGUUCUUAAACGCAACAUUCGAUUGGUCUGGGAUAAUGCAGCUGAUGAUGCUAAAAUUAAGGUUUUCACUGCGAUGUCAAUCUCAAUGUUAAAGUGGAAAGAAACAAUGAAUGGAGAAUGUGAAGAGGAAUUGGAGAAGUUGGUCAAAGAACUAAUUGAAGAACGUAUUGAAUGGAAAGCUGGUGCAGGAGCUGAGUCAAUGCGAUCUCUUGCAACUGCUACUUUGUGUGCCAUGACUCAUGGUGCUCCAACAGCAGCGAAUAAGAUUUUACCCAAAAUGUCUAGAUACUUUACAAAUUUGCUCGAAGAUAAUUCAAUUUCAACAAGGAAUUAUGCUCUUAAGUGUCUUCUAAAUUUUGGUCAAUUGGAAGUGGAACAAUUGAGACCUAUUGCCUUUGGUGUACUUCAGCGACUAGAUGACCCACACAGUGGUAGUCGGGAAUUGGCUGCAAAAGUAAUUCCUAAACUGAAACCAAUAUGUCCAACGCAACAUGAUCAGAAUUUAUGGAAUGCAUUCAUUAAAAAAGCAUGUUCUUCGCUGUUUCUUUAUUUUGAUGGUCCAGAACUUAAGCUUAGAGAAGCUAUUAAAGAAACUCUUAUUGAACUUGGAAAACUUUACCCUGCUGUCUUUGAGGAACCUAUGAAUGUUGCACUUGCAACAAGUUUUCAAAAAGAAGAAGUUCAAAAAAUCAAAGAAGCUGUUUAUGAACAAAUAAAUAUCGAAGAUUAAUUUUAAAAA